AUGAUUAAACCGGCUUUAGUACAUUCCUUAUCUGAUUCCGUAAAUACCCGUACAUCGGCUAUUAUGUCUUUUAAUCGUUACGUAAUUUCAAUUGGUGCCAUAGCAAUCGCUCUUAUACUAGCUUUUGAUCUUAAAACUUUUCUUGUUUUUUAUAUAUUUGCACUUUUAUUAACAAGUGAACAGUUUAAAACACCAUUAAAAUUCAUAUAUUCAUGCUUUUUAAAACCAAUCGGAAAUAAUGCUGAUCAGAGAAGUCGCUUAGACUCAUUUUAUGAGGAUCAAGCAGAAGUUUAUGAUGCUACUCGUGGUCGUUUAUUACGUGGAAGACUUACAAUGCUAAAAGUUACGGCUGAGCAGCUUAAAAAACAAAUGACUAAUACUUCACGUAAACCAAUUUGGAUUGAUAUUGGAGGUGGAACUGGUUGGAAUAUUGAAAAGAUGAAUGAUUUCUUUCCAAUAGAACAAUUUGACAAAGUCUAUUUAGUAGAUUUAUGCACUCCAUUAUGUAAAAUAGCAGAAUCUAGAUUUAAAGCCAAAGGAUGGAAUAAUGUCUACGUAAUUUGUGAUGAUGCUCUUGCAUUUAAGCUACCAGAAAUAGAAGAUGAUAUUGGAAAAUUUGAUUUAGUGACAAUGUCUUAUUCUUUAUCAAUGAUUGAUAAUUUCUAUCCAGUUAUCAAUCGCAUUAAAACUUUGUUAUGUCAGAAUGGCUUGUUUGGAAUAGCAGAUUUCUAUGUUUCCGGUCGUGUAGUUAAUAAUAAUAUACAGGUUCAACAAGGGUACUAUUGCAAUUGGUUUACGCGAUGGUUUUGGCAAAUUUGGUUUGAAUUUGACCAUAUUAACCUACAUCCAUCUCGUCGUAACUACGUUGAGUACCAAUUCAAUACAAUAAAGUGUUUUAAUGGACGCAAUCAUUUCCUGAUUCCUUAUUUAGUCCAGAUCCCUUAUUAUGUUUGGUUAGGUACUACCAAAUCCUUAACUUCCACUUCUCAUACUAACUUGACUACUACUUUGUCAACUCCAGAAGAUUCGUUCGUAGUUUUAGAACACUUGGAUUAG